GCGUGGAAUCCCAGGGGUAUUACGGUAACUAGUCACGUUUCUUCUUCGGGGUUCGCGGCUGCUGCAUCGCCUCCUCGUGUAAACAAGGCGCAGCAGCGCCGCCGUCUCCAGCCGGAAGAGAAACCCUAACCCUAGCUCAGCCCCCCUUCGUGCUCGUAGUGCAUGGGGUCGUUCUCGGAGAUGCCCCCAGGUGACCCGGCGGCCGGGGAGAAGAUCUUCAAGACCAAGUGCGCGCACUGCCACACCGUCGACAAGGGCGCCGGCCACAAGCAAGGGCCUAACUUGAAUGGUCUAUUUGGGAGGCAGUCUGGUACAAGUCCUGGUUACUCUUACUCCCCGGCUAACAAGAACAUGGCUGUGAUUUGGGAGGAGAACACUUUGUAUGGCUACCUGCUUGAUCCUAAGCAGGUACUAGUAAUGCACGCUGUGAAAUUAUGAAGUACCAGACUACCGGUUGGUCUUAUUACAUUAGCAUCACCAUUCAUAUAUUCCCGGAACCAAGAAGGUGUUCCCUGGACUGAAAAAGCCGCAGGAACGUGUUGAUGUCAUUGCAUACCUGAAGAAUGCCACUGCUUGAUGAGGGUUUGCUGCUGUGACCCUAAGAUGAAGAGCGGCAGUUCUUUUUGCAGUUAAAAUAAAGAUGUGAUUCACUUUAGGUUCACAGGUUGUAUCCAAACGACCGUUAAGAAUUAGAAGUAGUUCUAUAAUGCUUUUGUUUCUUUGGGAAGGUUUAACAUACCUAUGUAAUGUUUGUCUCUCAUUUGCCUGUCUGUGAAAAUCUAUCCGAGUUCCAGUCAUGUAUUCUAAGCCUUACGCAUACAUCGGUGUGUGGUUAUACGUUCAAUUGAAUUGUUGAGCCGAGUUGUACCUGUAA